AUGUGGACAACGAAGGUCAACGAGGUCAACAUCAGUCGCGAAAAAUUGACGGUUUGGAUUGGACUUUGUGGCAGCGGCCAGAUAAUUGGUCCAUUUUUCUUUGAAAGAAAUGUCACUGGACAAAUUUAUCUCCAAAUGAUAAACAACGACGUGGUGCCACAACUCCAGCAACAUUUUCGGAGGCAAAUUGAAGGGGCAUUCCGAAAUCUCUGGUGGGUGCAAGACGGUGCGCCAGCACAUCGUUUAAUUGCAGUCCGCGAUCGGUUAAGAGAACUGUUUGGUCAUCGCGUGAUUGCCCUCCACCAUGACGUAGAAUGGCCACCAAGAUCCCCUGACCUUACUCCUUGCGAUUUCUUUCUUUGGGGUUACCUAAAGAAUAAAGUGUACACAAGCCCACCACAUGAUCUAAAUGAUUUGCGGAAUCGCAUUUAA